CAUGCGCAUGUGUGGGAAGCUUCUGGACUACAAUUCCCAAAGGCGCUCGUUGAGAAGCGGGACUGGAAGGGACAAGGUACUCAAGUUACACAUGCGCAGUGCUCGGUGUCUCUUCUCUGAAGGGGUGCUCCAGACUGAACCAGAGAAUAGACAGGGGGAGCUUGGGAGGUCUCAUGGUGCUGAAUCGCAUUCCCCCAGAGGGAAACCUGGAGGAGGAGGGCGGAUCCCCAGGGGUUCCCUUGGGCCUAGACCAGGAGGCCGUGUCCUUCGGGGAUGUGGCCGUGGACUUCACGGAGGAGGAAUGGGGGUGCCUGAGCCCCGCUCAGUGGCAGCUCUACAAGGAGGUGAUGCUGGAGAACUACAGGAACCUGGUGUCCCUGGGGCUGAGAGAGGACAGACCAGACCUGAUCUCCUGGUUGGAACAAGGGAAAGAGGUCCCAAGCAGCCCCCGUCCCGGGGAAGGAGACCCCGCGGCCGCUGGAUGCUGCAGCCCGCCUGGGCCCUCAGCCUGGGGUUCUGGCCUGGAGAAGCAGGAGGAGCGGCUUGGAAGCCAGCAAGGAGGACGGGCAGCAGUAACAUUGGUGGGAAGCCUCGGAAGUUGUGUCGUUCCCCGGGUCCCCACAUUUGGGGAAAGUCCUAAGGAGGGGGUCAUGUCGCGGAAAGCAAUGGGAAUCCUUACUGGGGAGACUCCAAGGAUCGUCCUUUCUCAGGAAAACAACCUCAACCCACCAACCCCCGUCAUGCCCAAGGAGCGGGGAGGCCAGAAACAUACUGACUCGAGAGGAAGCUUUAAUCAGAGCGUGCCCCAGUGGCUGACAUCCAGAGGUCAUAAUGAACAGGGGAAUCUCCCCUGUAACCAACAUGACAGAAACGUACCCUGCCCUUUGGAAGAAGGCAGACAGCAUUCUGGCAGGAGCUCCCCUCUCAUUCCAAAUCUGAGGUCUCCCGGUGAAGAGAGACCUCAUAAAUGUGGAAAUCAGGAGCGAACUCAGGAGAGCGAAAACCAUUCUCGGUGUGGUCAUUGUGGAAGGGCCUUCAGGCGGAGCUCGGGGCUCAGUGAACACCAGAGGAUUCACCCUGGUGACAAAACCUGUGACUGCACCGAGUUUGGGGAGCCCCGCCACCAGAACUCGGCUGUUCCUAGAAACGCCCCGCUUCAGAGCGGCAAGAAGCCGUACAAGUGUGAUGAAUGCGGGACGACCUUCACUUGGCGCUCCUACCUUAUGGAACACCAGCGAAUUCACACUGGGGAGAAACCGUACAAAUGUAAGGAGUGUGGCAAGGCCUUCAGCCAGAGCUCCAGCCUCACCAAACACCAGAGGAUCCACACUGGGGAGAAGCCCUAUAAAUGCACGGAGUGUGGGAACGCCUUCCGGCAGAACUCACACCUGAUUCGCCACCAGAGGAUUCACACCGGAGAGAAGCCCUACGAGUGCCAGGACUGUGGCAAGGCCUUCAGCCAGAGAUCGGACAUCAUUAAACAUGAGAGGAUCCACAGUGGGAAGAAGCCCUAUGAGUGCAAAGAGUGUGGGGCCACCUUCAGUUGGCGCUCCUACCUCAUUGAGCACCAGAGAACUCACGCCCUGGAGAAGCCCUACGAGUGCAAGGAGUGUGGCAAGGCCUUCAGCCAGAGCUCAUCCCUGAUCCAACACCACCGGAUCCACACCGGGGAGAAGCCCUACGAGUGUAACGAGUGUGGCAAGGCCUUCAAACAGAGAUCGUCCCUCAUCCAGCAUUACCGGAUCCACACCGGGGAGAAGCCCUUCGAGUGCAAGGACUGUGGGGCCGUCUUCAGCGGGCACUCCGGCCUCCUCCACCACCAGAGAAUUCACACCGGGGAGAAGCCCUACGAGUGUAAGGAGUGCGGCAAGGCCUUCAGGCAGAGCUCAGCCCUCAUCCACCACCAGAUAACUCACACCGGAGAGAAGCCCUACCAGUGUAAAGACUGCGGGAAGGCCUUCCGCAGGAACACAGUUCUCUCCGAACACCAGAGAAUUCACACCAAAGAGAUCCCCUAUGAGUGUAAGGAGUGCGGCAAGGUCUUCGUGCAGAAAGCGGCUCUUCAUCAGCAUCGGAGAAUUCAUUACUGGAAACAAGCUUUACCUGUGUAAGCAACAGGAAAGCCUUUGUCCAGAAAGCAGUCAUUAUGAGGGAAAGGAAAGUGGGGAAGCACUCUGUCAGACAUCAGCUCUUAUUAGCAUGUCCUAAGUGACAGAAAAGAGAUAGAAAAAAGAAAAAACGAGAGAGACAGGCACAGAUACAGACACAGAGAGAGACAGAGACACACACACACACAGAGAGAAAGAGAUGGAGACAGAGACAGAGAGAGAAUGAAUGUUUAAUAAUCAGAGAAUGCCUGAUUCAGUUAGAUCCGAGCUGGCACUGAACACAAAUUAACGAAUGUGCAUAGAGCCCAUGAAUGUGAAAACUAUAAGAAAUCCUUCAUCUGGAGAUCCAAUCUUGUUUAAUCAGAGAAUUGACCUUGGACACAAACUGACUGUCAUGGAUGUGGCAAACCCUUCAGUCUUAAGAAGACCCUUACUCUGUAUCAGAGAAUUCUAUCUGGUAGGAAACCUCUAGAUAGAAUCCUGGUGAGGGGAGUGAAUGUGGAAAACCUCCUACUCAGAGGUCUAGCCUGCUUCACCAUCAGUGAACUCUUGCUAGAGGGAAUUCCCUUGAAAUUGAGGGGAUCCAGGAUAGAAGUAAAAGGUUCCACCAAAACCCAAUUUCUCUUCAGCUCAGAACUUCAAGAAAUCUGCCCAAUAAAGUAAAAGAAUAACAAAAGAGAAAAAAGAAAGAAAUUCUCACAAAGAAAACUUUGCAAAAAAAAUUAAGCAUAAGGACUUUUAUUGGUAAUGAGUGAAUCAGAGUCUUAGGAUAAAGCAAGAUGAUUAUUGUCUCUCAGAAAUCCCACUUUGCCUUAAGAUCCCUGAAGGAGCAUAUUGUACAAUUAGUGGCAACUCCUCUGAGUUUUGAGGGGACAGAAUUAUCUUCAAGAAAGGAAAUAACUACUCUUUAUUGAAAUCAGAAUAAUACAGAUGAAGGACAUUCAGAGAGUCUGAAUUGAGGGAGUGGAACAUCUGGGACUCACUGUGACCUAAGCUGGGCAAAGAAAACAUAAAAUACUAUGAUCCCAGUAAAAGAGAUUUGGCUGGCUAAGCCCUGUGGGGGAGGAGGGUGUAUCCAAAGGCUAGCAUGAGUGGGUGGUUUCAAAGGAAGGAAACUGCACCUCAAGAGGCCAGAGCUCUGGGUGUGGGUGGGGCCGAGAGGUUUUGGAGGAUGCUGCGGUUGGGUUGUUCCAGCAGGAGCUGUGGUCCCUCCCCCAAGGAGAUAUCGAUGUAUCAGGAUUUAAUGGAGGGGAAAAUAAGUUGACCAGUAACAACCUUGAAGAUUAAUGGAUUCUGAAACCAAAAUCUCUAAGGAAUGGGCAGCAAUCUCUAAGAGGGGCCAUGUAGGCUUCUCUACAAGUUAGUCAUCAAAGGAUAGAUAGAGUGCAUACACUAUCACCUGACACUGAAAAAUCCAAACUCCUUAAUAGUCAGAGAAAUGCGAAUUACAGAACUCCCGGGGUAUUACCUCCCAUCCCUCCAGGAGGGUAGAAGAUGAAGAAAAUCAGCACCUUAAUAAUGAGAGAAAUGCAAAUUAUAGACCUCCCAAGGUUUUACCUCCUAUCCCUCCUGUUAGCCUGGAAGGUAGAAGAUGGGGAAAAUCAACUCCUUAACAGUCAAAGAAACACAAAUUGCAGAACUCCCAGAAGAUUACCAUCCAUCCCUCCAGAAGGGUAGAAGAUGGGAAACUCCUUAAUAGAGAAAUGCAAAUUACAGAACUUCCAGGGUAUUACCUUCCAUCCCUGUUAGCCUGGAGAGUUGAAGAGGGGGAAAACCAACUCCUUAAUAGUUAGAAAAAUGUAAAUUACAGAACUCCCAAGGAAUUAUCUCCUAUCCUUCCUGUUAGCCUGGAGAGUGGAAGAUGGGGGAAAUUAAUGUCCAUCCUACUGGUUCACAGGUGGUAGAGCCCAUUGAUCCAGUUGCCAGAAAAGCAUGAGGAAUUAUGUGAGGACAAUUCUAAAAUUGUUCAUACCUUUGAUCCAGGGAUCUUAUUAUUGUAUUUAUAACCUUAGGAGGGCAAUAAUAGGAAGAAAAGACCAAUAUUUAACUUAACAACCGGGAUGGGAGAGAGCAAGGGCUCUGGAGUCAGCAGGGCCUGAAUUCAAAUCUGACUCCAGGUAUUUGACACUUAUCUGUGUGACCCUGGGCAAGUCACCUCCAACUGUCUCACCCCCCCAAAAAAUUAGUGAGCAGCAGACAUACACAGAGAAAAUAUCUGUAUACAGAAACAUUCAUCGCUGCAUUAUGGGUAACAAACUAGGAGCAAAAUAAAUGCCAAGGAGUGUCCUGUAUGAUACUGAACCAGCACGUGAAUGUGAAGAUCAGAAUACAUCUGAAUCCCAGGGCAGUUGUGAGGAUCAAAAGAAGCUAGACGCAGAGAGCAGGCUUUGUGCAAAUUAAAGCACUAUUCUGCA